GGGAGUAGGGCAUGAGGCAGGAAGAAGGCAGGGUGGACCGCGUCCUACUCACUGUUCACUCUGAUGCUGGACCCGCUGGUCCAUGAGGCUUCACCUUGGCCUCUUUGUCUGACCUCAUUUUCUCAUCGUGUUUGCUCAGUUCCCCUGCCUUUGAACACUUCCUCUUCCAGAUGGUGAGACUGGCACUGAGGAGGUGUUGAUUCCAGAGUAUCAUUUCUGAAACGUCCAAUCUCAUACUUUCAAGAGAACUCCACUGAGGUGUUGCCAAGGGAGUCAAAACCUAGAAAGGGAAAGAAGACUCAAAAGGCCACUGGGAUGUUCCAUGCAAGAGAAAAUGAGGAGAAAGACAAGAAGCUUCAAACAUAAGACAGUUAAAGACAACAAGACACUCCCAGGAGCAAGUGACCAAGCAUCUGGGAAAGAUGGUAGUCAGUGCUCUGGUCCUGCAGCAAGCGAGAGGGUUCAGGCCGGGAAGAGACGGUAUGUCUGUGCCGAGUGCGGGAGGGCCUUCAGUCAGAGCGCAAACCUUACGGUGCAUGAGCGGACCCACACAGGAGAGAAGCCCUACAAGUGCAAGGAGUGUGGAAAGGCCUUCAGCCACAGCUCCAACCUGGUGGUUCAUCGGCGAACCCACACUGGCCUGAAGCCCUACACUUGCAGCGAGUGUGGGAAGUCUUUUAGCGGUAAGUCGCACCUCAUUCGGCACCAGGGGAUCCACAGCGGGGAGAAAACUUAUGAAUGUAAGGAGUGUGGGAAAGCUUUUAGCCGGAGUUCAGGUCUCAUUUCACAUCACAGAGUUCACACUGGGGAGAAGCCAUACACCUGUAUCCAGUGUGGGAAAGCCUUUAGCCGUAGCUCAAACCUCACUCAACAUCAGAGAAUGCACAAAGGCAAAAAAGUUUACAAGUGUAAGGAAUGUGGGAAAAUGUAUGUGUCUAAUACAAAGAUUAUGGACCAUCAGAGAAUUCACACAGGGGAAAAGCCUUAUGAGUGUGAUGAGUGUGGAAAAGCUUUCAUCCUAAGGAAGACCCUUAACGAACAUCAGAGACUUCAUCGUAGAGAGAAGCCUUACAAAUGUAACGAGUGUGGGAAAGCUUUUACUUCUAAUCGAAACCUUAUUGAUCAUCAGAGAGUUCACACUGGAGAGAAGCCCUAUAGCUGUAACGAGUGCGGAAAGACCUUCAGGCAGACCUCCCAGGUUAUCCUACAUCUGAGAACCCACACCAAGGAGAAGCCCUAUAAAUGCAGUGAGUGUGGGAAAGCAUAUCGUUACAGCUCACAGCUAAUUCAGCACCAGAGGAAACAUUCUGAGGAGAAAGAAACCUCAUAAAUAGCAUGUACUGUUGGUAGGAGGACUAAUUGCUACUUUUCAGAAAAGCAGGUUUUCAGUGUCAUCAGCCUUAAUUGUAUUUCUAAGAAUCCAUACAGGGAAAGUAAUCAGAAACAGACUGAUUAAUACUUGAGAGAUUCAUGCCAGCAGGGGUAUAAUUAAAGGAAGAAAACUAGGUUUUCAGUAGCACAGGCUUUAAAUUCAUGGUUUGCAGUCACUGUAAAGAUUUUUAAAGAAUAUUUAAUGCCAUGGGGGAAAUGAUUUAGAUAAAAUGGGAGAUAAAAGAAAGAAAAAACAAGGAAAUAUGAUCCAAAUGGAAACAAAGCAUUUCUGCGUUGGACAAAGAUGGGUAAGAAGUGAUACCACACCACAGUGUUAACAGUGACUACCUCCGGGUGAUAGGGUUGUAAGUGUUCCUAUUUUCUUCUUUAUACUUUUCUGUGUGUUUUAGACUUUUCUACAACGAGAACGUACUUUUGUAUACUUAGGGGAAAAGUCCAGUAUUUUUUAAAUGCGGUGAGUACAUGCUCACUUUGACUACACGGUGUCGGGGACGGCGCGUAGAACACAGACUCCGGCGUCCUGGGAUGGCACCCUCACGCCGGCUUGCAGUGGCAGCGCCGCCAAGAGCCAGCCACUUCCUUUGCGGGCCCGUUUCCUGUGCAGUAAAAGCAGAAACAGCAGUCCUCGGUCUCUUUUCAGCUGUAAGAAAAGCUGACUUGACGGUGGCCAACAAAAUGUGUGUCCACGUCCUUAACCACUGUUAGGUUAAAAGCACACGGCGAACGUUUAAAUGCCCUCCUUUCCCACAGCUGUCUGGGGAUCUGCCGAUAGUAGCCACCUGCCCGGGCGCCAUCUGGUCCACAGAUGUCUACCAAAGCGGCAGAAACGUGUGCUUCUGGAAUUGAAAUGACUGCAGGUUCCUAGCCUUCCAAAAGAUCCAGUCAGCGGAACCUGGCAUAGAGGAAGACCGCCUUCACGUGUUAUGUGGAGCUUUGUAGCUGAAAGUGUGGCCUUUGGGGUCAGAGACACACGUGUUCUCACCCCAAAUGGACACACCAGCUUGUCAAUUCUGGACAAGCCACUAACUGCUCUUAGCCUCAGAUGUGUCUGGAAAAAGGGAGUAACUACCGACCUCACAGGGUUAUCAUGAGGAUUAAAUGAGAUACUAACACAUGUAAUGUGUGGCAGCCUGGCACAUGGUGAAUAAUAAUUGCUUAAGUGUAGGACAUCGGGGCAGUGUUCUAAACACUUAGCAAGAGCUGUUCCAGAAGAGGUUUACCUAAGGUAGCACUGAGGAUAUUUUCAUGUGUGAUGAACAUGAUGCCAAGUACUAGUGGCUUAGACCUUAGGAACAUUGUUUAGUUAAGGGGAAGGCUAGAGGUAAGCCAUUCCAAAUUUUGUUUGGCAACUCAGCAGUUUAUCAAACUUCCACCUCAGCUCCAUAAUUUUCAGCACGUUGGAUUUCACGUUUUGCAACCUCAUGGCUGCAAGGUGGUGGCUGCCGCUUCAAGCUCCGCCCACAACUCCUUCAAACUCGGGGAGUGGGGAAAGGAGCUGAGGCCUUGUCACCUGCUUCCUUUCCCCGUGUAUCACUGAGAGAAGCCUUUGCUAGAAGAAGGGAGCGAUUCUGUGUGGUCAGUACUGUGGGUGCUCCCUAGCUCCCUCUGGCCUUCUGUGUGUUCAGCCCUCCAAGAAGGCCUUAGACCGUUUUCAGCCAGCAUUUUAAACUUGUUUAAGUGCUUAGUUAAAAAUCCCUCUGGGAACACUGGAAUAUCCGCAUACUUAACUCAGCCAUCCCUCUUUCUUUCUACACAGCAAGUCCCUAAGCCUAAUGCUGUUUGUCUUAUGUCCAUAGUUUAUCAUUUCUGGGACUGUUGAGUGUGUGUUUUCUCAUUUGAUCAUCAUAACAUUUGUACAAGAGAAUUGAGUGAGGUUAGGUGACUGGCUGGUAAGUGGAUGGAGCCAGGAUUUGAACUCAGAUGUGACUUUCAAGUCCUUGCUUCCUCUGACAGCGUGCCUCAGCCCCCCAUGGUGGUUGUAUCCGUGAGUGGGAGACCAGUUGAGAUUCUUCUGAGCGGCCAUUUCUCUCAGUGGUCAGUGUAUCUGCACAAUUCUUUUAUCAUGGUUUCAUAAGGAAGGUGCUAUCAGUGUUUUCUGAGUUAGAUUUAUGGCCUAUCUCCGCACCUUAUAACUUAGUUUUAAGGAUUAUGUAUGUUUACCUUGCUGUUACUGGCAGGAAGGAAGUGUGAAAUAUGAAGGGUCUAUUUGUGUGAAAAAGGAUUGUCUCAUUUUGUUCUAUUUUCAUAGGAUGCUGGCUCACACAUCAUUUUCUGAUGUAGUAGUCCCCCUUUGCACAGUAGUCCAAAGCGAGGUUGGGAGGCUCUGGAACAGGUUGCUGCGUUCGGGGGAUAGGGCGGAAUCACUGGUCACCUUAGGUGGCACCUUCCCCAGCAGUCUGGGUGGGCCUGAGGCUAGGGGACUCCACGUGUGACAGUGGCUAAACAGAACAGUGAAGGGCACUCCCAUCAUCUUGCCCUUGUCACGGUUCCUGUCACAAGUUGUAUUCCAUGCCUUUUGUCAUGCCAGCCCCCCGCACCUGCUGAUCACCUGUGUGGAAGGUGACUCGCUGUGCCGGGCGCCGACUAGCCUGCCCAAACCGCUCUGAGGACACAGGCAGGCAGCUUUCGUGUGCCUGGCAGGGCUUGUCUCGUGCACACUUACUAUUGCCGGGCAGAGCUGUUGACGCAGAGACGUUGGUCCUGUAUUUCUGAGCAGGUGUUCUCUGAACAAGACAUUUUCCUGCCGAGGUCCGGCCGCAGCGGGGUCCAGGGGUUCCUGAAAGGUGGGUAAGGCGUCGGCGAUGGGAGACAGACGACAGCACGCCUCAGAGGACGGUGAAGCUCUGUUCCGUUUAUUGCAAGCACAAGCAGGUUUUUAUACUUUCAUUUGUGGUAGUGAUUAACAUUUGCGAUUAGGUGAAGCAGAAAAUAAUAUAAA